AUGAGCUCAAAGCUGUUAGUUGCUUUGUUUUGUCUGUCAUCUGUUGCUUAUGCAGCGUGUAAUGCGGAUGAUGUGACCUGUGAAGAUCCCAUCCGGUUUGAACAAAACCCGUCUAAUUUUUAUAUUUCAAAGUAUUCUCCUUAUUAUGGAGAGACAGACGUUCUUCUUGAUACGACGUUCCAACUCCAGUUCACCGAUUCCAUUUAUAUUUCUGAGGGACUGGAUCAUUACUUUUUCCUUCUAAACCAGUUUAGUGGAGUGUCGACCGAACUCCCUGCUAGUUGCAUAAAUGUGGUGAGCGGACACACGCUGGAGAUCUCCGUUAUGGCUUGUUUGGGAGAUAUUCUCGAGGCUAACACCGUGUAUGUUCUUUAUAUUUCCCAGCGUCUCAACGACACUGGCAUUCAAACUUUGUCGAGCGUGAAGGGAAUCAGUUUGAGCGAAGCCGCUUUCGGCCUCCAGUACAAGAGCAUUUCGUUCCGCACCAUUCAGCACAUUUCUGCGGACGUCGUUCCCGAGAAGUGCUCUCCCGCCUUCGGAUCGACCAAUGUUCCCCUGAAGCCGGUCAUCACGAUCGCGUUCAGCUCUGCUGUGCAUCUGGGCGUUGGAACCAUCGAGCUUCGUUCGUCCACGCACCACCCCUCGGCGUCCGUGACGGUGGAUGUGUCGGACAAGACACACGUGGUGCUGGGCGAAGAUCUGAAGUCCCUGCAGGUCUACGACGUGUCUCUGAUGGGCAACGAGCAAUACCAAGUGCUGUUUGACGCUGGAAUCGUGCUGAGCGCGAGCGGAAGCAAGUGCGGAACGACGGACGCGUUCGUGUUCACGACGGAGCCUGAUGUGGAGAAGCCGUUCAUCAAGAUCAUCAGUCCUGCCAACUUCAAAACGGGUCUUCCGAAGAAUCUCCGCGUGUACGUGGUGUUCAGCGAGAGCGUCCGACCCAACGUGGGCAUGAUCAGUUUCCUCUCGGAGAAGGAGGAAGUGGCGGUGAACGUGCAGAGCAGCGGAGAAGUGCGCUGCGAGGGCGACACGUGCACGAUUCAGCCGAACGGAGGCUUCCCUGCGGGGACCUACGAGAUGUCGUUCAGUGAGUCGACGUUCGUGGAUCAGUCGGGGAACACGCUGGUGGAGGGCGUGGCCUCGCAUGUGUUCUCGGUGACCGAGGAGAGCUGUGGAAUGGCGUUCCUGAGCGUGAACGAAGGCGAAGAGUGCUUCUGUCAGAGCUUGGAGAACCAGUGUCAGUGUCGAUGUGGAGAGACAUACUUCGUUAAGGACUACUAA